UGGCCAAAAUGUUAACCGUUAGUCGUAAAACCCAUCAUGAUGUAUUUUACUCUGCCAUAGUCUUUAUAAUGCUGUGUUACGGAGGCGAUAUAAGAGCUCUAAUGCUGUUCGCUCAUGAUCUGGAUAUGCUCAAUGGAGACUAUGCUUUCCUGACCGUCAAUCUGUUGCCUUCUGCCGCCAUUGGAAACAACACCUUCAUGGGUAAUGACGGCAGAGAUGCCGAGGCUGCGCUGGCGUUCAGGGGAAUUCUGAGCAUUCAUGUUCGAGAGCCGACCACAGAACUAUGGCAACAAUUCACGAAAGAGGUUAAAGAGAAACUCGAGGACUACCCCUUUGAAAUUCAGCUUGAUCACAGUGAAAAGGUGGAGGUAUACGCUGGAGCUAUAUACGAUGCUAUUUAUUUGUACGCCAUUGCGCUGAAUGAGACCUUGGCAGCUGGAGGGGACAAAAAAGAUGGACAAGCUAUUGUGCACAGAAUGCUCAACAUGGAAUUUGAAGGUGCCUCGGGGACAGUUCGAAUCGACGAAUCGGGUGAUCGUGACCCAGAUUAUUCUCUCAAGUAUUACGUGAAUGGAAGUUUCCAGAACAUCGCUGAUUACAAUCACUCCACUGGAGGCUUCAAUUUAAGAGACGUGAGAGUGAUCUGGGCAGGAGGACGCACAAAUCCUCCUCUUGAUAAGCCAAGGUGUGGAUGGGAGAAAGAAUUGUGCCGCGAGCAAGGAAGAGAAGCAACUCAACAGUUGGUCAAUGUAGUCAUUGGAGCAUCUACCGCUGGUGUCGUGGUGUUAGCACUUAUGUUUUUCCUCAUCAUCAGGAAACUUCGCUAUGAAACAGAUCUGGCGCAGAACAAGUCAUGGAAACUUCGUUAUGAUGAUCUGCAUAUUCAAGAUCACAGUGGAUCAGGAGAAGCACAGUCACAGGGAGUGACAACUUUCAAGCGGAGUCCAUCGACUGUUCGUCCCCUUCCAAAAACAGAGACCAAGGAAGAGUUGAACGUGAACACGAUCAAAGCCGUCAAGCCUUUCACCAGUCCACUGAUUCAAGAGGAGCAAACUACAGCCGCCUCCAACGCAUCAGCAAACACAGAGCAAAUCUUCACCACAAUCGGAAACUAUCAAGGUCGAACUGUAGCAAUAAAGCGGUUGAACAAGAAAACUGUUCACAUGACUCGAGAAAUUCUUAUUCAGCUCAAACAGGUACGGGACAUCAGCCAUGAAAACCUGAACCCCUUCAUUGGAGCGUGCAUCGAGUCACCCAACAUUAUGAUGGUUUGGUCGUACUGCAAAAAGGGAAGCUUAAAGGACGUCUUGGCAAACGAUGAGUAUAAGAUCGACUAUGGAUUCAAACUGUCCAUGGCCAUCGACAUCGCGGCGGGCAUGAAAUACCUUCACAACACCUCUGUCAAAUUCCAUGGCAACCUGACUUCGACUCGAUGCGUGAUUGACAGUCACUGGGUUGUCAAGAUCACAGACUGGGGUUUGCAUGAAUUCAAAGCUGGACAGGAGAAUACCAAGAGUUUGCACAAGAUGUAUUAUGAUCUCUUGUGGACUGCACCUGAGCACAUCAAUAUCAGUAAGGUGGAGCGUGAGGGGUUUUCCCAGAAAGGAGAUGUGUACAGCUAUGGAAUACUACUUCAAGAAAUGUCCUUUCGUUCGGAGCCUUACAGCAGAAAAAUGCUACAACCUAAAGUAAUAAUUCACCGUGUUGUGGCUCAUGAGGAUCCUCCUUUCCGUCCUGAUGUUCCAUCAAUGGAAAUGAAGCCGGAAUACAUAGAGCUGAUGGUAGAUUGCUGGAAUGACGAACCCGAGGAAAGGCCGCAUUUUUACCGAAUUGUAGAGCGGCUCAAGAAAGAAAGUGGCAGAGGAUCCAACAUCAUAGAAAACAUGGUUACUAUGAUGGAGAAGCAUGCUAAUCACUUGGAACAGCUGGUGGAGGAACGAACCAGGCAGUUAAAUGAGGAGAAAGAAAAAACAGAGAAAAUCCUCUACCGAUUGCUCCCACCUUUGGUAGUGGACCAGUUGAAGUCUGAUAACACGGUACAGGCCGAGGGAUUUGAGGAAGUUACCAUCUUCUUCAGUGACAUUGUCGGCUUCACUAAGCUGGCCUCCAUGAGUACCCCGCUAGAGAUUGUGGGCUUUUUGAAUGAUUUGUAUGUGUCCUUUGAUGAAAUUAUCAGUCGUUUUGACGUAUACAAGGUGGAGACAGUUGGUGAUGCUUACGUUGUUGUCAGCGGUUGUCCUAAGAAGAAUGGGAUAAAACAUGCUAGUGAAAUUGCGAGCAUGGCACUAGAGCUUCUCAGUCACAUGACUGUAUUUCGUGUGCGACAUCUGCCAGACCAUCAACUGCAACUGCGAAUUGGCAUCAACACGGGUCCAGUGGUGGCGGCAGUUGUUGGUGUGACCAUGCCACGGUUUUGCCUUUAUGGUCACACGGUCAACAUCGCAUCUAAGCUGGAAAGCACCUGUCUGCCUUUGCGCAUCCACGUGAGCAGCGAGUCACAUUCGAGGUUGGUUGAAGUUGGAGGUUUUUAUCUAGAGGAGAGGGGACAGGUCCAGAUUAAGAGGCAAGGACUGGUGACUACUUACUGGUUGGUUGGUAAAGAAGGCUUUGACAAAGCCUUACCCGACCCCCCACUGGACUUCUCAGAACCACUGUUUGAAACUUUGGAUGUGUAUUAUGCCAGUUAAUACCAACCAAACACUUUCCUAAAACUUGGCAGGGAAAACAUUUUAUCAACUGACCAAUAGUAAUAACAAUAAUAUGGGGAAAAUAAUCAUAUAUAAAAUUUGUGAAAGGGCACUUGUUUCUAUAACGCUGAAGCUCUCUUUUUUAAAGUCAUGGGAUUGGAAAAGAAGAUAGAAAAUGUACAGAAAUUCAGGGUGGAUAAGAGCAAGCGUGCAGGGAAUUCUAGAGGGGACAAACCUUUACCUCUCAUCCCCCAUCAUUCUUCCAUUCCUUUCUUUUCUUUUUCUUUUCUCUUUUUUUUUUUAAGACCGCCUCUCUUUUUUCCUUUGCUAUUUUCCAUUCCUCCUGCAAAUAACAUCAGGAGUCCUUUUGGAAUAAUUAAUCCCUUAACCCAUAAGAGUGAGUAUCGUCUAGUUUCUCCUCUCAGCAGCAACCCUGAAUUAAACAUAGAGAUCACGAGAAAAAAAAACAAAAUGCAUGAUCCUCAGCUUCAGAAGCUCCCGAUGAUCUAACAAAUUCCCCUCUUCAGUACAAUAGGAAAUGUAGAGAGGGCGGAAUGGAGAAUAUUUAUCCUCAUGUAAGGAUGUAAAGAGUUAAGGUUGGUUCUGUUGGGCACCAAAUGCCCCGUGGGUAUCUUCUUUCUACAUUUUUUUUUUUCUUCUUUUUUCGUUGAAUUUUCUGGUCAGUUUGCCUUCAUGGCUCUAUCUAAUUCGGAACCAAUUGCCUUUCCGAAUCUCUGUAAUUUCUUAAAGUGAAACAGAGAUACCAUCUACCUUGAAAAGGUAACGAGUGUAAAUACGAUUUUUACUAAUAUCAUCGUAAGUCAAAAGAAAAGGGAGAUUUUAAUACUUUAUCAUCCGUUUUAUUCAUAAUUAUCUCGCGUUAAACGUUGUAAAAGGCUGGGUUAUGCGGUCGUGUUUACAUUUAAAGCGAUUAACGAACUGUCUUUUACAAAGGGAAGUCAAAACCAAUGCAAAAACAGCAGAGCGCUUUUCGAAAACUAAAGUAAUCAGAAUGACCAAUCAGAUCAAUGGAACACAUUACAAGAAGCCAAAAAGAUUUGGCGCAUCCCUAAGAUGUCCGCUGAAUAGCAGAUCCUUUACAGGCGAAAGGAAUUUGAACUUUGUUCUGAUCGAAACUGUCAAUGGUUCAGAUGCGAUUUUACAACACCAGAAAUCGUCUGUGAUUGAAAUGAAGAGAGUGAGGCAAGCAAGACUGGUUGACAACUCAGUCCUUAAAGGAAUAACGUUAAAUUUACGUGUAAUGAAGAUUACUUUAGUUCAACCUGCUGGCAUUUUCUAUGUUGUAAAAUAUAGUUUUUAUCUUGUCAUAUUUGCGGCGGAUAAUAAUAAAUUAUUGUUGAAUCCAAAUCUUUUCGA